CGGUGAUUUAUUAUUUCAUUAUAUAUUUUUAUUAUUAUUAUUAUUUUCUUCUUUUUAUUCUUGUUUUGUCUGUUUAUGGACCAUAAUUGUGUCUGAAUAAAGAGAUUGAUAUGUCUUGAGUUGUUAUCCUGUCAGAAGACAAACAUCCACCUCCGUUCCAAGUCUUCAGCUCCCACAAAAAUUGUAUUUAGAUUAAUCCAUCUUCUUAUUUCCGUUGACCAACUUUUCUGUUCCCAACAAAGACAAACAUCCACACAGCAUGACACUGCCACCACCAUAGUUUAAGAUGUUGAUGUUGUGUUCAGUGAUAGUUUGUAAUAUUGGCCUAUGAGUUCAGCUUUUUUCCUCUGCUGACCAGAAGACUUUGCUCCACAUGUUUGCUGUGUGCCCUGUAUGGCAUGUAGCAAACGAGAAGCAAGACUUUUAACAGUGGCUUUCUUUAAGGCAGCAAUUGUUGACUUCUCUUAGUUUACAAGUUGGAAAAAAUAAUAGAGGAUGAGAACCAAUGCCUUCUAUGGUUUUCAGAUUUUUACAGCAUGAUAAAAGUUCAAGAAAUAUGAACACUUUUGCAAGGCAUUAUAUAGUUUUUAGGCCAUUUUAGAGUUUUUCUCGCACUCUAGCUUAUUUUUGAAUCUGUGUGCGUGUGUGUGUGUAUGUUGGGGAAAGUGUUGGCAAAGACAGCCGUGUUAAAUGCCUUUUUUUGUAAAGUGAACUGAUGCUGGUGUUUUUUUGUUUUUUUUUCUUUUCUUCUUUAUUUUCCUUUGGGAGUAUCGUGUCUGUUACCUGUCGUCUAUUUAGCCUGUACAUUCAGAUAUGAACCUAAUAAACAUGUCAAAAAAAAAAAAAAAGGAAGAAACUUGAGCGUCCGUUUGUCUCACUCACCACUCGGGGCCUGUUGUCUCAUUCACAAAGCAAACAAAGCCAGGAUGUGGAGAACAGGACUCCCAUAUUCUUGUUUACUUCAGGCUCAGGUGGAUUUGGUUGCGUCUCAUCCACAUUUGUGCUACACCCUCAUAUCAUCUCCAUCAUAAAGCUGCCUCAUUUAUUUCAGACCCCUUUCCUGUGCUCCUGCACAUCUCGUAUUGGCUAUUUUCAUCUUGUAAUCUUAUCUAGAUAUCAUUCGCGGGUGUGUGUCUCCAUUCCACUGCUUGUCAUCGCAUUCCUACAUAACUCUCGCAAAUAUAUCAAUCCCACAUCCAGCUUCCCCAGCUGCUUCUUUACGCUCUUCUUCUCUCCCGCACUUUUCCAAAGAUUUAUUUGUUUUGGCAAAACUUUUGCACUAUUAGUUUGUCAUCUGUACCUGGCUGUUCCAUCUGUGUAGCGUCCACUCAUGUGAAGCGAGCGGGUGGGGAGGAAGGCGGAGUUGUUUUGUACUUUUAUGGGUUGUAGAGAAACCUGCCUGUCUGCUUCGAACCAAGAGAGAAGAGAAGGAGGAGCCUGCUGGGUGUGGGACUCCAGACAAAGGAGACAUAAACACACUGACACUGGAGAAGUGGAGCAAAAAAAAGAAAAAAACAAAAACGGAAAGAGACAGCUGGAAAGCGUCAUUUUGCCUGAACUCCAACUGUAAUUUGGGAAACAUCUUGAAGAAGGGAUUUAUUUGGUGUGUGUGUGUGUGAGAGAGUUAUGUGAGCCUGUUCGCAAGCUGCUGAGGUAUGUUUGUGUUGGAGCUGGACUUUACGUAUGCUGCCCACAGUGUGCAGGAGUGUGUGGGUUAGUGUGUUUGGGAUGGAAAAGUGGGGCUGGCUCAGCAAACAGCUCUGCUCUUAGCUUUACGCCAUGGGGGGCUGCCACAGUUACCCCUCGGCUACAAAGGUGGACACCAAGACUCCUCAGCCGUCUGACAUCCACAAUGAGAAACUCGGAAUCAACAACAAUAACCAGGAGGAGUGUCCGUAUCUGCAGCGGCAAAACGCUUGCCAGAGGAUCACAGAUGCCAACAUGUUUGCCCUCAUAUCAUUGCCGCCUGGCAUGGACAAAGMAGAGUGGCUGGCCAGCAACACUGUGGCUUUUUUCAAGCACAUAAACCUGUUCUCCAGCGCUCUGUCAGAGUUCUGCACUCCCAGCACUUGCCCAACCGCCUGUGGACCAGGCAACAUGGUCUACUUUUGGACUGAUGACCACGGCAGGAAACUGAAAUGCUCUGCUCCACUAUACUUUGACUACGCCAUGUCAUACAUUCAAGAGCUUCUGACUGACGAAGACGUGUUCCCCACUAAAGCAGGUGCAACGUUUCCAACGGGAUUCAUCUUCCUGGUCCAGAAGGUCUUCCUGCUGCUUUUAAGGACCCUGGCUCACAUUUACUGGUCUCACUACAGUGAGGUCCUCGCUCUGGACCUGCACCCACACCUCAACACUCUUUUCUCCCACCUGACUCUUUUCUGCCAGCAGCACUCGCUGCUGGAGCCUGAAGACAUGAAGCCUCUGCAGGACCUUAUUACUGCUCUGGAGCGGCACGGAUGAAACGCUCAACUUUCCCUACUGUUGCUUAUUUAUUGGUUGCAGUCUGUAAUAUCAGACUCUUCUUUGUAGAACUCCAAUAUAUGUCAUAGCUUAGAUUUAUUUUUUAAUUUUUUUUUUAAAGACAAGUCUGGAAGAUGUAAAAUGCCAAGAUGAUAUGAGAGUUAUGCUUCCAGUUGGGAGCUCAGUUAUUCAGUUAUUGUUUUUUUAUCAUUAAAUCUAUAUUGCAUGUUGGUUUUUAGCAUAACUGUUCAUUAUUUUAUUGUCGUCAUCCACACCUUUUUUCAUGUAAGAUUCAACUUAAAUGUUACUUCAAGAGUUGACCUUGGCCAGCCAAAUGGAGAUGUUGCUGUACUAGGAUUCUUGAGGUCCCACAAGAGUGAAGUGUGGAUGUAGUUGCUAUAAACGUUCAUCUCUGCAGAUUAAGGUUCUGCUCAAUCUUUGUAUAAAUAUUUGUGAGAAAAGAUUGUGUGACAUGAUGAGCGACUGAAUGCUUUUUAUUAAAAGAAAUUAUUAUGUGAAAUUUUGGACUUAUAACAGUUUGGUGUUGUAAACUGGAGGAUACCUGAUUUUUUUUAAUUAUUUUUGCUCCCUUUUUGUUUCUUUAAUUUGAGAUUUUGGAUUUUAGCAUAAAAACAAUGCAAAGUGGUGCCAUCCAUCUUUUAUGCAACUGUGCACAAACCAUUUUAUCCUGUUUAUUGAGACAUUUCAGUAUCCAACCCUGAUUCAUUACCAAGAUCCCAUAAAUAAAAUAGAAAUUCCUUUAUUGCCCCACAAUGGGGGAAUCUUUCAAGCUCUUAUCAACUUUUUCAAAAAAAAAAUUUUUCUCUUUUGUGAUAGAGCUUAAAGAAAUUAUUUGCAACCAUCAUGCAUAUUUUAUCCUGUCUCUGCCACUAAAAAAAAAAAAAAAAGAUUUGAAAAAAUAUGUUGUUGCUUAGUUGUUAUCUUGCAAAAUAAACUUAAGCAUAACUGUAAGUUAAAGACAUUUAUGUUGUAUAUCUUAUCUGUGGUAAAUCGUUAUUCAUAGACUGUUACUGUUUACCACAGGUAACAUGUUGAUUCCUUGCAUGAAUUCAGUUUAUGAAAAAAAAUACUUUGUAAGAAUGCAAAAUAAAAGAAAUGUGAUUUCUGGAAACAAA